AUAUUUUAGUUUUGCGUUCAGAACUUUUCAUCCGAGAUGUUGUGUAAUGGCCUCUCGCAUCCAUCUUUAAAUCAUGCAUCUCUUCUUCAUUGGUUUCUAAUGGCGAUUGGCAUCCAUGAAGUUGCAUCACAACUGGUUUUAAACAUCUACUUAAUAAAUAAAUACAAAAUAAACCGCAGCCCAUUCCUCCCAGUUCCCCACUCUGCUGUAUAUAACUGAGUUGUUCCGCGUGUCGACAUGUACGGUGGCUCGAAUAAUAAUAAUAAUUUAUUAUAAUAAUUAAAACUUAUUUGGCGCUUUUCUAAAUACACAAAGACGCUUAAAGAAUUUUUCUUUUUACAAAAAAACCUGCGUGUAAACUUGAUUGACACAACUUGAGGUCGUUUUAAAAGUAGGAGCAUUUCAAAUUAAAUAAAGGCUUGAUGUGCAAAAGCCUUUAGUUUUGAGGGAAAUAACAUAUCCUGUCAGACAAAAGAGAAAUCAGUUUAAUUUCUGACAGUCGACUGAAGUAGUCUUUAUUGUAUUUAUCACAACUUUUGAACCGUUGGACUUUUUUUAAAUAAUAAUUGAAAAAAAUAUAUUCCAACAAAUUAAAAUGUACUGCGGCCCAUGUGACAUCAUCUUACAUCAAAUACGGGAACAUGUGUGUUUUAUAGAGCGCCACUCUUUGUCAAACCCUUGUUAAAUGGGAGAUGACUGAUGAAGAAUUAAAUUGGAUCGGAAAGAACCCACAAAUACUGACUCACCUUCCCGAUGCACACGUAUCGCUCCCCGUCGUGAUGACACAGUCGCACAUUAAGGCCUCUUCCCCCGAUACUCUCCGCCGGACAGCGUGAGCCGCGCGUGUUUGAUCUUGACACCUAAGUAGCAGCUGGCGUCACGCAUGACCGCCGCCGGCUUUCCUCUCUGAGCAAACGCUGCGCUUGUUGAUUCGGGGCCCGUGUGUCUAAUGGGUCGAGAGUAACAGGUGGACCGGUUGGCGGAGAGGGGCCAGAGUUGGCCCGCCCGAGCAGAGCCGUCCUCCUUCCAUCCCGUGACGGUAUAUAAGAGCACAAAGUGAGAGAGGGCGGCGAGAGAGAGACACCAGGAGCCAGCAGAGGAACUACCAGCAGCACCGUUCUUUGGAAAGAGAGAAGAAAAGGUUGUAACCAUGAGAAGCAUCCACUCCCCGGCUGCUCUCCUUCUGGUCCUCGUCUUGGUCCAGAGCAGCUGGCAGGUUCCUCUGCAGGACGCAGACGACAGCUCCCGCCCGGAGGCAGACGACACGUUAGCGGGCGAGCUGAGGGCGCUGUCGGCCGCCAAGAGGCACUCGGAGGGGACCUUCUCCAACGACUACAGCAGGUACCUGGAGGACAGGAAGGCGCAGGACUUCGUCACCUGGCUGAUGAACAACAAGAGGAGCGGUGCUGAAGAGAAGCGCCAUGCGGACGGGACCUUCACCAGCGACGUGAGCUCGUACCUCAAGGACAAGGCCAUCAAGGAGUUUGUCGCCAAGCUCAAGUCCGGAAAAGUCCGAAGAGAAUCUGAAAGCGACAGGCGGGGCGAGGCAGUCAGCAGGAGGCAUGUAGAUGGGAGCUUCACCAGCGAUGUGAACAAGGUGCUGGACUCCAUGGCCGCCAAGCAGUAUUUACUCUGGGUCAUGACCUCCAGGCCGCCAGGGGAGAGAAAGAAAAGAGGGGCGGAGCAAUGAGACCCUGGAGGACUCCCCGCUGUGCACGGAAGCCAGAAACAGGAGGAAUAGAAAAGCCAUACCGCUUUGCAUGUUGUGACGUCAGCACGAUAUUUAAAUUUGUAAGUCUUUUUUUUUUACUCAGCGGUUCAUGAUGCAAAGAUACAAAAUAAAAGAAGAAAAACGUCCACGCAAAAAAAGAAUCGAGGGGGCACUUUUUUUUCUAUAUUUUUAAGAACACAUAAAACAAAAAAGUGAAAUCUCAGGUAGGCCUAUAGGAAAAACACGAGUAGCGUCGUUGAUUCUCAUUGCAUAUUAUUAAUCCGCUCUGCAAAAUAAAGUUUGUGAUCGUG